CGAAAAUCCAAGAUGGCGGAAAAAAUUAGUAGUUCUGAUAGUGGCGCGGGAAAGUUGACACAAUUACCUGUAGCACGAAUAAAAACGAUCAUGAAAAGUUCCCCUGAUCUGCCACAUUUUAGCCAGGAAUCCGUAUUUCUCGUCACUAAAGCUACGGUAAGUCUUCUUUAGAUCAGAUCACUCAAACUUAAUUUACACUCCUGCUCUUGGAAAGCCGAGACCUGGCAGAGCAGGGAUCCAUAAUUCAUCUUUUAUCGGAGUCGUCAGCUGGGCAAGUAAGCCUGAUGAAAUACUUGCCCGAUUACAAUUUGGUUGCCUGGACAAAAGUGAAGAAUGGAAAGAAUGGUGAAAAAAUUGUGUUCAACUUGAACAUUUCUGAUUUGCAUUUUGCACUGUAAUUAGGCUGGCGUAGCUGGCGGUUUUUUGGUCUGUGUUUCUACCCAGAGUGUGUUCAAAAGACACCCAUGCAUCAGGUCAGGUUCAGCUUUCGUGCAGCUGUCUCUAGUACUUGACUCACAAAUGAAAAACACAUCAAGAAAACUGCCAGCUACACAGGCUACAUACACUGUCAACAGGCCUGAGGCAAAACAAAUAUUUAACAAUUAUUCCUCGAGCCCAACUAUUGACUCAGAGGCCAUGAGGGUGCGAGGAAUAAUUGUUUUAGUAAAAUUCAGCUAGUUGGUCAAAAAUAUCAAGAAUAAAAAACUUUUAGCUAGUUAAAGCUAGACUUUAAUCCUUUUUUGCCACCAAAAAGUCCAUGCUUUUUGCUGCUAGUGGGCUAUAACAUAUAGCCUAGUAGCAGCUCAACCAAUAAGAACGCAGCAUUGAUAAUAGACCACUAGUCGGAUUUUACUAAAUAGAUUUAGCCAGGACUAAAAGCAAUGCUCUCAUACUUAUAAGCAAAAAAUAAAAUUAUGUAAUGUUAAACCGCGAUGGCAUUGAGAACGGCAACAAAAACAAUAGAUCUAAUUAGAGAAAAAACAAAUUUGCAUGUGCAGCACACUUUUUUGUGCGUUUCUUUGCUGUUGUUUUAAAAUCUUACUCCAUUCAUUUAUAGAUAACGCAUAUAACUUGCUAAAGUGAGGUUUUAUUUUGAAUUAACAUUUGAUUUGUUUUGCUUGCAGGAAUUAUUUAUAAAUUAUCUAGCUGCCUCUGCCUAUAAAAAAGAAAGUGACACUAAGAAUCUGUCAUAUAAAGGCCUUUGUAAGUAUGUUGUUAAAUAAAUGUGUUUAAAUUAUUCUGAAACAGUGCACCACUUAAAUUAUUAAGUAAUUUUUAUUCUUUUCUGGACUCCAAGCCAACAAGCAUGCAAGAAUUGCAUAGUAUAAAUUUUUAAGUAGUGAUGGUUGGUGUUAAACACAUCUUGUUAGGAAGGAGGCUUUUUAUUAGCUCUUAAGGAAGAGUUAUUUUGUUUCAGUGGUUGGGAGUUAUUUUUAAUAACAAUAUUUAAGGAAAUGUGUGCUAUCACUGUAAAUGUAAUAUUUUUCACAUGAAAUCUUUUGUACCAGCUUCAACCACUUACAGUCUCCAGAACUCCAAACACUAACGACACUAAGCUGGAUUUAUCAUCUUUUAUUGUAGCAAAGGUUGUUGAAGAUGAUGAAGCUCUUCAGUUCUUGGGAGGUAAACGCUCUUUUGUAAAUGCACGUUGUCCAAAAAUGGAUUCUAAAACUCUAGGUGACAGCCAAAGGAAGCUUUGCUGUGUUAUUUAGGUGCAGAUCAAGGGGAAAGAUAGCCUGAGAAAAUGGCCAACAUCUUGCGAUGCCAUCAAGGUGGUUUUCUCACAAUUUACAUCUGAGAAACAAACACACAAAUUCCUCAUUGAUGCCGUAACACUACCCAGAUCUAGGUUGUUCUCCUGAUUGGCUGAAAAUUUGCUUCAACCAAUAAGAAGUACAACCCAGAUGUUGGUAGUGAUGCUUUAUCAGUAUGGAAUUUCUAUGCUCGUUCCUCAACAUCACUUUGCUGGGAAACCAGUGGUGGCAUUGCAAAAUAUUGACUUUUUUCUCAGGCUAGGAAAAAGAGGGUCCAGGGUCAUGCAUCUGCAGAAAAUCUUGAAAUUUUUAUCUGCUAAAAGUCCUUUACAUUGUCAAUAUUCUGUAACAUAAACUGAUGUGGAUUUUCACCUGCUAUUAAAAUGCAAUAUAGAUGGAGCUUAAUUGUAUAAAUGGGGGGCAAGAGGUCUAGUGGUAGGAGAUAAAAACAUUUUGGCCAACAAAUUAUACCUUUGAGCGAGGUCCAAAUUUUUGUUUUUGAAAGCUGUCACAGUUUAUCAUUGGUCUUUGUACACAUCAUUUUACUGGUACCACGCCCUUGAUCCUUUCCCUCCCACUGACAUAGUAAUUGCUUAUUGCUUUUCCUUCACUAGACAUUGUACCACCUAAGGUGCUAGUGAAAGAUUUCCUGGAAUCAAUGAAGAAGAAAUCAAAGAAAGCAUCUAUUCAAGUGGACAGUUCAAGCUCUGACUCCGAGUCAUAA